AUGUGUGCCUGUGUGCGUGCUCUCACUCUCUCUCGCUCUCUCUCACACACUCUCUCACGCACUCUCUCUCAUAACAUUCUCUCACUAUCUCACACAAACAAUCUAUCUAUCUAUCUAUCUAUCUAUCUAUCUAUCUAUCUAUCUCGCUUUCUUGUACAAUUCUCCUGCGUCAAUCUUUCUUCUUCUCUUCUUCCUCUUCAUAUCUCUCUUUUAAUCAAUCUCUUUUGUUUUAUUCUACUCAUUCUUUCUGUAACUCUCUUCAUCUAUUUUAUUCUUUCUUUUCUACAUCUCUUUUCUUUAUCCUUUCUUUCUUCUUUUCUUACAUCUUUCCUCCCAUCAUACUUUCUUUUAUUCCUUUUGUUUGUCGUUUUUAUUCACCUAUUUUUCCUUUUCUUCUUUUCAUAUCUUUUCCUAAUCUCGAUCUUUCAUUCUUUUUCACCCUUUCACUCGCUGUCCUUUGUCUUUCAUUCUUUCUUUAAUUUUCUUCUUUUUUCUUUUCUUCAUCUCUAUAUUUCCUUCUCUCCUACCCAUUCUUUCACUAUGUCCCUUUUUUCAUUUUUCUUUUCUUCUUCUUUUUUCUUCUUUUCUUCAUCAUUUUCUUUCUUCACUAUCUUACACGCGUCCUGGUUUUUGAUGUUUGUGUGCACCCCCUCUCUCUCUCUCUCUCUCUCUCUCUCUCUCUCUCUCUCUCUCUCUCUCUCAGUAUAUUACUUUGUUUCGGCUCAAGUUUAUCUAUGUAUUCUUUAUAUUAUCUAUGUUUCUAUAUAUAUCAUUCUUUACAUUAUCUAUCUAUCUAUCUAUCUAUCUAUCACAUUCUUUUCUCUUUCUAUCCCUUUAUCUCUUUAUCUAUCUCUAUAUCAGUCUUUGCAUUAUCUAUCUAUCUAG